AUGCCCCGAAGUGUCGUGACGUACCGUCACCUGUCGACGUUCUUGACGUUUGAAGACGCUACGGCUGCGCUGCACACGUACGACGCGUUCCAUUACAUUAUGGCCUACAACUACGGCCCCAGUGUGAACGGCAAAGUCUACCGGUGCAUCUCCCACGAAAGCUGUGGUCGACGGCUUCGGGUGGCCGAGUGCAACAACGAAGAGGCGGAAAUCCCCGUGACGUUCCAGUUGGCCGUCGCGGGCGUCCACGGGACCAGAGCGUCGACGCGAAGACGAGUUGGCAUUGACAUGUCGCUCAAAGCUGAGGUCGAUGCCUUCUUGACGCAGGGCAUGCAGCCAAAGACGUGUCGCCUCGUGCUCGAGAAAAAGUACGCAAAGCGACCGAAGAUGCUCGCAAAACUCCCGAACGAAGCGCAGGUGCGGAACCGGUUGCUGACGCUACGGAGACACAAGCAGCAACGGGUCGAGGGAGCGGGGACGACGGACUCGACGUCGUCGACUGCAUCCUCUCCGCUGCCUGCACUGGUCGACGACUCGCUUCAACUACAGGAGGAUUCCGAGUCAGAGUGGGUUGAUGACGGUGCCCACUUGGAUGCAGAGGACGCGACGAGCAGCACGGGCGAGCCGGGAGGUGGGGACAAGCCAGAGCGGUUUGACAAGGCGAAGCUCAUGAGGGAUUUCGCAGCGUUACCUGGACGACCAGUGUUGUGGAACGUGCUCAAGAAGACUCGGUAUGUUGAUGACGAGAGUGAGGAGGUCGUGACGGAGUGGACAACUGGUCGGGUGGUCAAAUGGCAGACACGCGAGAACGCACCUACCAAGUGGGUGGUGCACUACACAGACGGCGAGAAGCGUGCUUUCGCACUCGAAGAGCUAGUGGAUGAGAUUGAAGCAUCGAUAAAGCAGGGACUGGACGUUAUGAAUCGGCAAGGGAGCUUCUGA